GCGGGGGGAGCGCGGCGCGGCGGAGGGGGCGCGCAGCCCCACGCGGCGGCGUGCAGCACCCCGCGCUCGGACUGCGAGUAGCGGCGAGGAUGUGAGUGAGGAGCAGGCGGCGCCGCUCGCCACGCUGCUGCCGCCGCCGCUGCUGCUCCCGGACUGCCACAGCUCCGCCGGCGCUCAGGGAAGCCGCCGCUGCCGGGACCGAACAGCUCCGUGCGGGUGCCCCUGUCUUGCUCACGGCGGUGGAUCAGCACGCACCGAACUGCAAGCUCACGAGGCAGCCGUGGCGGGUGGAAGGUGACCCCCCCCCAUCUUCCUCCGUGCACCUCCGCCUCCUCCUGGAGGAGGAGCAGCAGCAAGCGGAGAGCUAGAGAGCGCAGGGAAACAGAAGCGGCUAGAAAGCGACCCCCACCCAGCCAGCCCCCCGGAGGAGCAGUGGAAUCGUUUCCCACCCCACCGGGGCAGCAGCGGCAGGACCAGGUAGAAGAAGCCAUCUCCGGCCCGGCAGCAGGAGCGAACUAAAAGCAGACGAUCCCCCUUGCUGAAACGGGCAACAGGAUCAGGUACGGAGAGCCACCCCCCCCCACCCCCACUGCAGCCCGGGGGGGAAGACUGAGCCAGCCCCUACCCCGGUGGCAGCGGCAGCAGCUCCCCAGCCAGCAGCACCAUGUCCGCCGCGCAGGUGUCCUCGUCGCGGAGGCAGUCGUGCUAUCUAUGCGAUCUGCCCCGCAUGCCCUGGGCCAUGAUCUGGGACUUCACGGAGCCCGUCUGCCGGGGCUGCGUUAAUUAUGAGGGCGCCGACCGCAUCGAGUUCGUGAUCGAGACGGCCCGGCAGUUGAAGCGGGCGCACGGCUGCUUCCAGGACGGUCGCUCCCCCGGCCCCCCGCCGCCGGUCGGCGUAAAGGCAGUGUCGCUCUCCGCCAAAGAAGCGGCGGCGGCGGCGGCCCAGCAGCAGCUCAACCAUGUGGAUGCCACCUCCAAGGCGGCCUCAGCGGGGCUGACCCAGUCCAACCUAGACCGCUACGGGCUCAGCGCCGCCGCGGCGGAGCAGCGCAGCCGCUUCGAGUACCCGCCGCCGCCGGGCAGCCUGGGCAGCAGCCAUGGCGCCCGCCUGCCCAACGGACUGGGGGGGCCCAAUGGCUUCCCCAAGCAGCCUGAGGACGGGCCACCGGAGCUGAACCGGCAAAGCCCCAACUCCUCCUCCUCCUCUUCCUCCUCCCGUCGCGGGGCGCACGGGGGGCUCGUGUCUGGCCUCCCCCCGGGGGCCACCGGCGCUCAGAUGAAUGUGCCCCCCAACCUGCUGCCGCAGACGCUGCUGAACGGCCCCGCUGCCUCCAGCGUGGCGCUGCCUCCGCCGCACGGGGGCCUGAGCGGCCGCGGCGGCGGGGUUCCCCCCGCUCCCUCCGCCUCUUCCCAAGGGGGCACCUGCGGCGGUGGUGCCGGGGGAGGCGGCGGCUCGUCCUCCGAGGCCUGCGGCAAGCGGCCGGGCUCGGUUUCCAGCAGUGACCAAGAGCGGGAGCUGAAGGAGAAGCAGCGCAACGCGGAGGCGCUGGCCGAGCUCAGCGAGAGUUUGCGGAAUCGGGCCGAGGAGUGGGCCAGCAAGCCCAAGAUCGUGAGGGACACGCUGCUCACUCUGGCCGGCUGCACCCCCUACGAGGUGCGCUUCAAGAAGGAUCACGCCCUGCUCGGCCGCGUCUUUGCCUUCGACGCCGUCUCCAAGCCGGGCAUGGACUAUGAGCUGAAGCUCUUCAUAGAGUACCCUAGCGGCUCCGGCACCGUCUUCUCCAGCGCCUCUGGCGUGGCCAAGCAGAUGUACCAGGACUGUAUGAAGGACUUCGGUCGCGGCCUCUCCUCGGGCUUCAAAUACCUGGAAUACGAGAAGAAGCACGGCUCUGGCGACUGGCGGCUCCUGGGAGACCUGCUGCCCGAGUCUGUGCGCUUCUUCAAGGAGCUGGUGGGCGCCGACAUGCUGCCGCAGCCCUACCUGGACGCCAGCUGCCCCAUGCUGCCCACGGCGCUGGUGAGUCUCCCGCGGCCGGGGGCCGGGGCCGGCGGGGCGCAGGGCACGGCCGCCGCCUCUAGGGGACCUGGCGGUGGCGGCGGCGGUGGCGGCGGCGGGGCGAUGCGCAAGAGGAAAGCUUCUCCCGAGCCCUCAGACUCGGCCGAGGGUUCUCUGAAGCUCAGCGACGAGCAGCAGCGGCAGCAGUGGAUGGCCAGCCAGAGCGAAGCGCUCAAGCUCACCAUGUCGGCCGGGGGCUUCGGGGCGGUGCACGGUGGGGGCCCCCCGCCGCCGCCGCCCCUCGGGCCUCACUCAAACCGGACCACGCCACCUGAGUCCGCCCCCCAGAACGGACAGUCCCCCAUGGCCGCGCUCAUGUCGGUGGCCGACACGCUGGGCAAUGCCCACUCGCCCAAGGACGGCAGCUCGGUGCACUCCACCACGUCCACCCGCAGGAACAGCAGCAGCCCCGUGUCGCCGGCCUCGGUGCCGGGCCAGCGCCGUCUGGCCUCCCGCAACGGGGACAUGAACCUGCAAGUGGCCCCUCCUCCCCCCAGCACCCACCCCGCCAUGGACCAAGUGCACCCCCAAAACAUUCCGGACUCCCCCAUGGCCAACAGCGGGCCCCUGUGCUGCACCAUUUGCCACGAACGCUUGGAGGACACCCACUUUGUUCAGUGCCCCUCUGUGCCCAGCCACAAGUUCUGCUUCCCUUGUUCCAGAGAGAGCAUCAAGGCCCAAGGGGCGACUGGUGAAGUCUACUGCCCCAGUGGAGAGAAAUGCCCCCUAGUCGGUUCCAAUGUGCCUUGGGCAUUUAUGCAGGGCGAGAUCGCGACCAUUUUAGCUGGGGACGUUAAAGUGAAAAAGGAGAGAGACCCUUGAGUAAGAAAUCCAAUCCCUUCAGACUCCUGAAGAUGUAGAAUUGUGAAUAUAACAAACUGCAAAAGUUAGUCUUAUGUAUAGACAUUAUUUUCGUCGUAUGUUUCUAUAUUUUGAAACAAAGGUAUGUACUCUUCUUCAUUUGAAGGAUAGAGCUGGUUUUUGUUAAACAGAAUAUAAUAUUGUUUGGUUACUACAUAAUACCUGUUCUCAUUUCUUUGGCAGUGUGUUGGCUAGGUACAAAGUUAAUAGCCCUUAGCGAUUACCUGCUGCUGGUGUGUAUUUUUGUAAAUGUAUGCACUUCUCUGAAAGAAGAAGAAAAACACAAAAGACAAAAAAAAAUUUUUUUGCCAAGGCCAGUGUUGAUGCCUAAAAAAUUGCUACAAAAAUGGUGACAGCUUAUGUUUUACAAGCCCUGAGUGUUAGUCUUUCACUUUUUUUUCGUUUUUGUUUUUUUGUUGCAAAACAGUGGGGUGGCUGUGGGGGGAGGGUGUUUUUUUGUUGCAAGUUUGUAAGGAAAAUGUUUCAGUUUGUUUCUAUUGAUCUGAACGUUUUUUAAUCUUCAUGUGUUUUUUGUUUUUGCUUUUAUUGAUGCACGGAUGCUUUUGAACAGUAGAGCAAAAUGCUGUACAUGAGAAACAUGCUCUGUUUGUCCUUUAUACAUUUCUGUAGUUAACAGAACACUGUAAUGUGCCUUGGAGCUUAGUAAAUUGUAAUAAAUUCAAUUGAUAUUAAUACUUCUUGAGUAGCAAGUUUUAUUUUUCUCUAAGCUUAGGCAGUAUGUGCAAGCCGUGUUGGCUUUUAAAGGUCUCCAUUAUACCAAGAGUCUGCAGUUCGUUGUGAUAGUCGUGGCACAUGUAUGCACAUUUUCACUAAUAUGUAGUAAGAUGAUGAUGUUGAUGGUGUUAUCAAACUUACUUAAAUCUUGGCACUGUGCCUAUUUACAUUUCACCUUUAAUGUUGCAGUAACGGUUGCUGACUAAGCAUUUUCUAUUUACUGUUCCUGCAUCUCAUUUCCUCCUCCCUUCUCCUCCCCCCCCCACUAGCUCUCCAGCUGCAAGCUGUUUGCAAUACAGGAUGCAUACAUUGCCUGUGCAAUUUAGUAAGGCUUGAGAUUUAAAAUGAAGCCUUCUUUUCACAAAAAAAACCCCAAACAAACAAACAAAAAAACCCCAGCAUCCCAUAGUUAAUAAUUUUAGUUUAUUUUAAGAGUGGUUGUCAAAGUUUGACAUUAGCCACAAACUCAUGGUAAGGCAGGACUGUAGUGGAACAGAGUACAGAAAGGGUAGCAUGAAAUAACAGCUUCUACAGUUGGUGUUGCAGCUGCUGGGUUGCUACCCCAUUUAGGCAUUGGCUUUUCAUAACUUGAAUUGAUGAGCAGUUCAGGGGCUUUAUUGUGUUUUCAGGCAAGGAAGCUCCCUUUAACCACUGAAGUGAAUGCUUUCUUUUUGGCAAUGAUUAUAUGUGAUUCUUUAUAUAAUUAACAAUUCUGUGUGACAUGGGCAUUUUCUGGAGAUGGGGGGCAGUGUAAUACCUGUUAAGUGAUCAACAGGCAAAGUAAAUACACAGGCCUCAUGCUAGCUAGAAAAUGCAAACAAACCUAAUGUGAACUUUGUCCUUUCCAGUGAAGCAAAUGGAGGAAAGAGGGGGAAACCUGAAAAAAACCCAGCAGCACUGCAGAAAUCCUUUGCAGUUUGACCAGCAGAAUAUAGAGCUGUUCCAAAUGCAACAGUAUCAUAGGUUAUGAGCUCUUGGUUUUAUUGAAUAGUAAGGAUCCCCACCCGCCAAAGCCCCAUAGUUGCUUAAAGGAAAGUCUGGAUGGCAUUUGGUAUCUGCUUGGUCUUAAUACAUACUUGAAUUGUAUUCCUGGUGGGAAGGAUGGUAGAAGCCUUGAGACUAUAUUCUUAGUGUGCCUACAGAUCUUUGCAGUCUUGUAUAGAUACACUGGCUGUUUCAUGUGUGUGGGGAGGGGGUGGGGUUUGUGGUGCUCUGAGAUUUACUAUUUGGCAUCACUAUAUCUGUGAUUUCAUACAAUGAUUUUGUGUAUAUAUAUUUUUUUUUUUCUGCCAAGUGGUAUAUCAGUGCUUAAAAAUCUCCAAACAUCUUGUUCUUAUGUAAUGGAUCAAACAAGUAAUGCAGAAAAAGAAUGUUUUGAGUUAAUUGCUGGAUACAACUUACAUGUUUUUUAGAGUAUAGAUUUGUACUGGUCCUAUUUUCAGUUAUUUCUAAACAUGCAAUUCUCACACAGCAGUUUGUUUUUAAAUCAUGAGAUAGGGAGACUAACAUUGUAAGCUCAUGACUGGCAGAGAAAAAAAUUGUACACAUGGUUGAAAUUCAAGUUUAAACUUAAGGAGAAGUAAUAUUCAUAUGUGAAUUGCAACUACUAUUAAAAGAGAACUACUACUGGCUAUUCAACAUUUAAUUGUAUCACAGAAGUGUGAAUACCCUGAUUUAUAUAAAUAGAACUACUCCUGUAAUCUUGAAAUCAUUCAUCAGUAGUUAUAGCUAGAAAGAGACCCAUUUGGUGGAUUUUUAAAAUUUCAGAUCAUUUUUGAAAAGCUCUUAUUUUUUGAAAGAUAAGCUCACUUAUGAGACUAAUUGGUUUGAUUUUUAGCAGGCAAAAGAAAGGUAAGGUGCAGUAAACAUUGGUGGAAAAUAAGCUUGAAGUGAAUUGUAAUACUGCAGUUAAUUAAAGUUAACCAUAGCUACGGGGUGUUUGUUGUAUGGAGGUUUUUUGUAACCAUGUGACCUUUUCUUUUACUCUGGCUCAUUAAGCAGCCAGUCUGGGCAUAUUAGCCAGCAUUUCUCUGAGCCCAUUCCAUAGGUUUUUGUCUUUCUGAAGAUGUCCACAGCUGACAAACAAGUUGUAACCUUUCUUCGAGAAGGAAAGGGGAGCUGUCGAGUGAGUCUCAUGUACAGAGAUUCAGCUUAUUUCUGUAUUUUACAGUAAUGCUCCCAUCCCCCAUACUUGCCAGUUAUUUAAGGUACAGCCGAAUGUUUGCUUGAAUAAAUGGUGUAAGUUAA